GAAGAGGGAAAGCACCGAUAUCAGAGUUUUCAGUAAAUAGAAAACAAGGCGAAACAAAUAGCAGAGAAGAAUGGCCCGUACAAAGCAGACAGCAAGGAAGUCGACUGGGGGAAAGGCUCCCCGCAAGCAGUUGGCAACGAAAGCAGCGAGGAAGUCUGCGCCUGCAACAGGAGGAGUGAAGAAGCCACACAGGUUCAGGCCUGGUACUGUUGCUCUCAGGGAGAUCCGAAAGUACCAGAAGAGCACUGAGCUCCUCAUAAGGAAGUUGCCCUUCCAAAGGCUUGUGCGGGAGAUUGCACAGGACUUUAAGACCGAUCUGCGCUUCCAGAGCUCCGCCGUUGCGGCGCUGCAAGAAGCAUCUGAGGCAUACCUGGUGGGGCUCUUUGAGGACACCAACCUCUGCGCCAUUCAUGCCAAGAGGGUCACCAUCAUGCCCAAAGAUAUUCAGCUUGCUCGCCGCAUCCGAGGUGAAAGAGCUUGAUUUUUCUGCUCCCUUUCUUAUUUCCAUCCCCAUCUUAACGGUGUGUUUUCACACCACCUUUUGGCCCUUUGUCUCUCUCUUCAGGCUACUUAUUUCAAAGCUAGCAGGCUAUUUAUUAUCCAUGUGUUAUAUUGAUAACGGUACCCAAGUUCAGAAAUUCU